AUGACUCUGAUGGUUGAUGGUGGUGGGGGCCAAAUGGAGGCGACGAGGCGACGCGGGGUCGAGACCUCACUUAGAAUUGCUUCCCUACCACCCGUGAAAAUGGAUUCAGGUUCCUCGUAUCGCUCUAGCACUGACUGUUUGGAACAAGGUGUAUUCUCAGGUCUGAAUUACGACGAGCCUAGCAAUAAACAAGAUGCCGACGUGAUCCAAACACGCGAAAAUAAGAACAAUCAGCAAUCUCAAAAUGAGAUAAACAGGAGCUCGUUGGAUGAUAUUCUGCCCUACAGCCGUCUACCAGAUGAAGAUAUUCCUCAGCGGAUUCAUCUUCCCAAUUCCCCAUCAGGAUCUACGUCGAACCUCGAACAUGCUACUAGUUCCGGUUCGCGGCAUGUCGAACCUGAGAGCGACACGGCUGAAAAUUCCAAAUCAUCACUGGAGGCGAUUUCUCGCUACGACAAUCCAAUUUUCCCGUCGGCAGUUCCUCUUCCAGACUCCACAGCUUCAUCUCAUGAUUCAUACUCUGAAGUUCUCGCACAUGCGAGCGAGGCUUUAGAUCAUAUCAAAAAUGGGAAUAUCCUCCAAGACUCUCGCCAUGAACGGACAUCAAUUCUUUGCUAUGACUAUACAGCCAAUAUGCAACAUAUGCCAAUUAUCAGAAAGAUUGACAAUGCUAGCGAGAUAGGCUCUCUUAGGAGUAUCCCAUCCCAUGUCAAACAGCGUGUUAUUCUUGUGGAGGAUCUCUGCAAAAAAGCGAUACAUGGGCUAGGAGAUACAUUUAGCAUAAAUCCUGAGUUUUUCGAACAACAUCUGCUUAACUCUGGGUAUCAUGUUGAGGAUUCCGAACAGCCAUCAGCGCAGACCUGGAAAACAGCAGCGUUCUCCAAGUCCUUUUUUACAGUGCGGUGGUUUCGCCAUGUUUGGCGGCAACCAACUUACUUUUCGGAAAUGAAUGUCUCCGAGCUCUUAAAGGAUAAGACAGAGCGUUGGUUCGGCCGAAAUAGAGUGACCACUCGGGUUAGUACUAAUAUCUUCCGAUCGGAAUGGAAUCUAUGUACCGAUCCCAAACAAACCGCCCUGGAUGGAACAUAUUGCGGCUGGGAGGAAAAGGUAUCAAUUUGGACAAAAGUGCUCAAAAAUGAGGACUUGGUUGUUAUUUUUGACCCAUUGCCAAGAGUCACUGAGGGGUGGCGAGUAUGGAAACUUGAAGGAGAAACCAAUGAGGCGGAAGAUGAAAAAUAUGAUCCUCCGAGUCAUGGGCGAGAAGAUGAAAAGUUUCGAGGUGCCCACCAAACAGAUGAGGAGGGUGGGACCUUUCGGACCUUUCAACCAACUCCAGCCGACUCCCCUUGGCGUGAAAAUAACACGCGGCGUCUUCAGCUUGGCAAUACCACCGCGCGGAAGGGGAGAUAUGUUGAAACGAAGCCACAAGAAAGAGUUUUUAUUGAGCAGACUUCUCUCAGAUACCAGGACGAUACGGACUUAGAUGAGGUGUUCAAAAACAGGAAAUCAAUGCUCGCUUUCAAAAGUCGACUCGGACAAACCAGACCCACGCGUGAUGACCUACAUGAAUCUGCGCUAAAGCAUUCUGCCGUUGUCAGCAUAGCCCCUUUAUUGUCGGAGAUCUUUUUCCGGGACACAUCGGCGCUUCUCAAACACCUUAAUCAGAUUGCCGAUGAGAUCGACAUUCAAAUUUUAGAUGAUACAAAGAUGGAGGAUCGACUCGUUCUAUGGCGCCAAAUCAUCAGUAGGGCUCAUAGAGAACUUCCAGAGUUGAGAGCAUCUAUGAGAGCCUUGAUCGGCUUCGAAAAAGCUAUCGCAGCGUUUGAGCCGUUGCAAGAGGCGGGAAUGUCUGAUCCAAACUACAGAGUUCUUUCAGAGGCCAUUGAGAAGACUAUUGAACGACUACAGAAAACUUCGGCCUCUCUAAACUCCAAUAUGUCAUUAUUAGACAGCAAAAGAUCAAUUGCAGAGGCCCAUGCUAUAGCAAGACUCACAGAGCUCGCAUUUAUCUUUAUUCCAUUAUCUUUUGCAGCUACGGUUUUCGGAAUGCAGAUUGAGUCUUUUGCUGAGCCUGCGCCAAAUGGUAUGUUCUUCCUAGUGGCCAUCGUUGCGAUAUCUUUCUCAUACUUGAUGCGAGCUUUCAUGAGAAGCCAAUGGCUUGGUACCAUGCAAACCAAGACAAACGACAGUAUUGAAAGGUACGCCGAAAGGCAUGACCUUCCCGUUCACCCACGCUCUGUUCCCACACGACUCAUUAUUUGGUGGGCGAAAGAUCUCGUUACUCGAAGUGUUUAUCAGUCCUGUUCGUGGGCUACAGGCAGAAUACCUUGGGCAUACCAUGUUCUAUCCCAGAAUUUGGGGCUCUUACCAACCUUUCUGUUGACCAUUCUUUUACUCUCAAUCAUACCAAUUGGAAUUCUCUGGUCUCGCCCCUUGGAUGCUGGAAUUCGCCUUGCAAUCAGUCUUGGUACUGUCGUCACGAUUGCUAUAACUACUCUCAUUGCUGCCACCCUUCGGUCCUCGGCUAGGAAUUCCAUCAUCCUUUCUAUCAACUAUGACUACUCAUUUUCCGACCCUAAGAAGGGCGUUAGUGCGUCGGUGGAUGAACAAUUCGGUCUUCCGAUUCUUUCCGCUGGCAAUACUGGUGCUGAUACCGCUGGCGCUCAUCUGGACUCGCCCACUGGCGAUGGGUAUCAAAGUCGGGUUGACUGUUGGAAUUUUACUGUUAGGGCUCUUUUUCUUCUCUUUCAGAUUGUGCUUGACCCACACGAGGAGCUUUGGCUAGAGAUCCACACCCCAAGUUUAACAAAUCUUGGAACCAUCAUGAUCCACGAAUUCUAA